AUGGCUGAAAGAAGUUCUGUAAAAAACGCCGUCGUGUCGCAGGUGAAGAAGCGCCCAUCCUCUGACAGUAAGGCUCAGAGACCUAAAAAGGUUGAAAUGAGAUCCCAGGUAAAAUCAGCUCCUGCCCCUACAAAAAGCCACAGUGAUGACCUUUUUGCUAAGGAGGAACAAUACUUACUCUUAAAUGCAGAGCUGGAAGCUAAAACAGCAGAUCUAGUAAGACAGGCAGAACAGCUUAUGAAAGAACAUAAUGAAGUUCUGUCAAAGCCCUUAUCCACACUCCUGCUUUCAGACCGUGAAGAUGAAGAGGAUUCCAGGGUUGUAAAGCUUAAACAACCCUGCAAUAUACCAGAGCCCAGUGUAAAGGCAGUGAUCAAAAAAAAGGUCACAUCAAAAAAUGCAACUACUGAAAAACAAAGAAAACAGCCUCACUGUAAAACACAAACCCAAAAGGUAACGUUUGCAGAUGAUUUAGCAGCUGUAGAAGAUUCAGCAGAUUAUUUCUUGGCAAAGACCAUACAGAGCAUGGAGGAGAAAAUGAACGACUCUGAUACUCAUGAAAAUGACGCCCCAUCAGCUGAAGACAAUGGUGGAUCUGGUAUUUCAGAUGCUCAAAUACGUGUCCUAAAGGCAAAACUGAGGAUUAUGCAAGAGGAACUGGAUCAACUAUCCUGUGAAUAUUACAAAAAGGAUGAUGAAAAUGCUAAGCUCAGUGCAAAAAUCAAGGAGAUUGAGGAGGAUCGAGCCCGACUGCAGAAGACGACAAGCAUCCAACAGACGCAGAUAGAGAAGCACAAAGCGUUAGCUGAGGAGUCUGCCAAGAAAUGUGAUGGUCUUCAGUUGCAAGUGGCUGGUUUACAAAAGGAAAUAGAAAAUCUCAACAGAUCCCACAAACAGGCAGCAGCUUUCCACAGUACAGUGGAGGUUCGCCUCAACAGAGCAUUGGAAGAGACGGAGAGGUUAAAGACUCAACUUACCAAGAUGCAACAGGCCAACAAGGACAAGAUAAAUGAGGAACAUCAAAGUAGAGGAAAUCUACUUGCUGAAAACAAAAUCCUAAAAAAGCAGAAAGCUGAACUCAUUGUGGGCUUCAAGAAGCAACUCAAGCUGAUCGACAUUCUCAAAAGACAAAAGAUGCAUUUUGAAGCUGCCAAACUUCUGUCAUUUACAGAAGAGGAGUUCAUGAAAGCUCUGGACUGGGGGAAAUCAUAAAAAAAUAAGAUCAGUGUCAGUUAAAAGCAGCUUUAUGGAAUUGGUCUGUAUGUUUUAAAUGCUUAGAGUUUGAGGUUAAACAUCAUAUUACGAGAUUGAGCUUUAGUUGAUCCCAUUCAGCAAUCUCACCCAAGAAUCUGUGGAAUAAAUUUAUUAAUGACAUAAUUUGCAAAGUUAGUUUUUAUUCUUGGAGAUACCACGGGAACUUGGUGUCU